ACUCACUCAGGAAUUGCCACCGCCACAGUGGAGCAUUUCAGAGAGGAAUAGAAGAACUGAAAUUAUAUCUUCAUCCACUCAUGCCGUUUACUUGUAUAUUAUUUGAACUGUGACUGAAUGAGCUCCCAUGCCUUUAUUAGCAGAGAUUGCAAAUGCACAUCCCUCUUUCCAGUACUCUCCUUGUUCAUUGGGGUCGCAGAAUAGUUCUUAUUAUAGAUUAGCAUCAUUUUCCGUUACCUUUGGUAAUGAGCAGAGAGUUCGUUAUGGUUGGAAAUCCCUUCACAAACUUGGAAAGUUAAACUUCAAUGUGGGAUGUGUUGAGCUGCGAAAAAGCAGGCUACUGAUAAAGGCGGUUGCUACUCUUGAACCAAAGGGGUUUGCUGCAAACGAAGAUAAAUGCUUGGGUCCCAAGGAUUCAGAUCUGGGUCUAAAUUCUAAUGCACCAGGACCUUUGCACGAAUCUUCUAAUGAAGAAUCUAAAGAACCUGAUGAGAGAGAGAAGUUGAGAAGAAUGAGAAUUUCAAAAGCAAAUAAAGGGAGCAUACCGUGGAAUAAAGGCAGAAAGCACAGUCCUGAGACUUUGCAGAAAAUCAAGGAAAGAACAAGGCUUGCAAUGCAGAAUCCUAAGGUCAGAAUGAAGUUGGUUAAAUUUGGGCAUGCGCAGACUGCAGAAACAAGAAUGAAAAUAGGUGCUGGAGUGAAAAAGAGAUGGGACAGGAGGCAUAGAAAGAAAUUGAUGCAGGAAACUUGCCACUUUGAGUGGCAGAAUUUAAUCGCAAAAGCUUCAAGACAAGGCUAUGCUGGUGAGGAUGAGCUGCAAUGGAAUUCCUAUGAGACCCUGAAUGAACAGCUGAAACAGGAGUGGCUAGAGAUUGUCAAACAAAGGAAUGCAGUGCCAAAGGCAAAAGGCAAUAGAAGUGCACCCAAGUCCCUUGAGCAGAGAAGGAAAAUUGCUGAAGCCAUCUCUACUAAAUGGGCUGAUCCUGAAUACCGUGAAAGGGUGUGUUCUGCAUUGGCUAAGUAUCAUGGCACUGAAAUUGGAGCUGAAAGGAAAUCAAGAAGACCAAGUGGUGAUAGUACACAUUCCACAAGAAGGAACCCUAUAAAGAAAAGUUUUACUGAUACUACUAUUUCGGAGGGUGAAACUAGAAUUCUUGAUAAGACGAGGUGGAAAAGAAGUAGAUCUCCAGUCUACAAAGAUCCUUUGGCGAGUUCUAAGCUUGAGAUGAUAAAGAAUAUCAGAGCACAGAGAGCUGUUACAGAAACCAAACAUACUGAAGCCAUUGAACGAGCAAGAUUAUUGAUUGCUGAAGCUGAAAAGGCUGCUAAAGCACUUGAGGAGGCUGCCACCAAGAGUUCCACUGCUCAGGCUUCACUCAUAGAAACCAGAAAGCUUAUAGCUGAGGCUAUUCAAUCACUUGAAUCCAUUGACACCCAACAGAUAACUGAGAGUAAUGGUUCAUGUAUGUCUUUGAGUCAGGUUGAUGAGGAAAAAGGUAAGGCACUUGAAGUUCCAAACCAGUCAGAUAUGGGCCAAAUAAACGGACACGAAACAUUAUUAACAAGAGACAAGUUCGAAGAUAUUCACGGAUUUUCCUUGCAGAAGUUACCUAAUGGUUCCAAUGGCUGCUUCUCUUCGCCUCUUGGUUUCGACAGCCAUGUAUCAGAAAAGGGUCAAAGUAUCAAAUCGCGAACCAAUCCCUCUCCAACCAUGGAGGAAAUGCAGCCCCUUAAAGAUGACGCACCAUCUAGAUCACCUACUGUGACUAAAAAGUGGGUUCGUGGAAGGCUUGUUGUAGUGAAAGAAGCUCAGUAAAAUUGAUAGAGGGAGCUUCGCUCAAUUUUCAAACAUGAUUUAGUGUAGUAUCAAAGUGUUGGCCAUAUGCUAUAGAGGUGAUCGUUAAUACAAAAGUAUCCUUUCACUCCAGCAAUAUGAUUUUAAUGUGUUUAUAUGCUCAACGUGACUUAGUUUAGUAUCACAGUCUUCUAUGUAACUUGGAUGAUACACAGCGUUUAAAUAUUGGUUUUUGAUGUGUUU